CAUCAUUCUCACAAUUUCCUAAUCCGUCAACACGCCUCACAACCGAUCUCAAUCGUACCCGCGCUGCAACCCCAGCCCUAGCCAAAACACCAUGUCAUCUGGAAACCCCAAGCCUACAAUUGCUCUUGUAACAGGCGCUUGGCAUUCACCAAAACAUUACCAUGAGCUUCUCAAUCUUCUGAACAAGGCCGGUUUUCCCACCGAGUGCGUAAAGCUGCCCAGCGUGAACUCGCAAGAUCCAGAGAAUCAAACUCUCGCCGCCGAUGUUGAUGCUAUUCGGGAGAAAUUACUGCUUCCUUUAAUCCACCAAGGCAGAGAAGUCGUUCUUCUCAUGCACUCAUAUGGAGGAUGUGUCGGGGGAGCAGCAGCCAAGGGUUUGAGUAGGGCAGAACUUGGAUCUGAAGCUACCGGCGCAGUUAUCGGCCUUGUAUUUUUUGCAGCCUUCUUGGUGCCAGAGGGCAAUUCGGUUAUACAAACAGCUGGAGGAAAGUUGGCGACGUGGAUAGUGGACAAAGGCGAUGGACAACUUGACGUUGAUAAUCCAGCUCAGGUAUUUUUCAUCGAUGCUCCGGUAGACAAGGCAUCAUGGGCGGUAUCAGAACUCGGCCUUCAGUCCCUCGAGUCCGUGUCUAGUCCCUGUCCUCCAACGGCGUGGGAUAGCUCUGCGUUUGAUGGCCGUCGAGGGUAUAUUUACUCUCGAAGAGACGAAGUUAUUCAGCUAUUUGCACAGGAAAUGAUGAUCAAUCUCAGCGGAGUGGAAUGGAAUAUUAAAGAGAUGGAUACGGGCCAUAGCCCACACCUCAGUAAUUCUCAGGAGCUUGCUGAACAUAUUGAAGAUAUUAUCUCCUCCUUUGAGGCUUAG